AUGUUGCGUCCAGCACUUCGCUCGUCCUCCGCCGUUCGUCCUUUGCGAAGCGGCAGUCGCUGUCGGAUCCGUUUCUCUACUACUGCAACUACCGAAUACGACUACGUCGUUGUCGGUGGCGGCUCUGCUGGUUGCGUGCUGGCCAAUCGACUGACAGAAGACGCAAACAACAAGGUGCUGCUGGUCGAGACCGGGCCCGAUGAUCGCAAGAAGUGGGACUCGUGGAAGAUUCACAUGCCUGCUGCUCUCACGUACAACUUGGCUGACUACAAGUACAAUUGGUGCUACUACACAGAGCCCCAGAGACACUUGAAUGGACGGGUGUUGCCCUGGCCGCGCGGUCGAGUGCUUGGCGGCUCCUCGUCGCUCAACGCCAUGGUCUACAUCCGCGGUCACGCUUAUGACUACGACGACUGGCAAGAGAGUGGAGCCACGGGAUGGAGCUAUGCUGACUGUUUGCCGUACUUCCGCAAGGCACAGAAUCAUGAGCUCGGACCGGACGACUACCGGGGAGGCGACGGUCCUCUCCAUGUCACCCGUGGCAACCAGAAGGACCAGAUCUUGUUCCAGAAGUUCAUUGAUGCUGGCGUGCAGGCUGGCUACCCAUUUACCGAUGACAUGAAUGGAUACCAGCAGGAAGGGCUUGGCUGGAUGGACAUGACGGUCUGGAAAGGGCGCCGGUGGAGCACAGCUUCGGCCUAUCUGCGACCAGCUAUGACACGCCCGAAUCUGACGGUUGUCACGGACACCUUUGUGAGCAAGAUCGUGUUUGAAGGCAAGAAAGCUGUGGGUGUCGAGAUGGAAGACCGUAAGAAGAAAACAACUGCGCACGUGCGCGCGGCGAAGGAGGUGAUUCUGUCUGGUGGAGCAAUCAACUCGCCUCAGUUGCUGAUGCUCUCGGGUGUUGGCGAUGCGGAUCACCUAACAGAGGUGGGUGUGCCAGUGGUCCAGCAUCUGCCUGCAGUGGGUCAGAACAUGGAGGACCAUCUUGAUCUCUACAUCCAGUACAUGUGCAAAGAGCCGAUCACGUUGCACAACGCUACUUGGAAGUACCCGCACAAGAUGGUCGCGAUUGGCUUGGAAUGGAUCUUCCGUCAGACUGGUAUGGGAGCGUCCUCCCACCUCGAAUCAGGCGGCUUCAUCCGUAGUGACGUUGGCAAGCGUCACCCAGACCUGCAGUAUCACUUUCUACCUGGCUCACUGACGGGCCAGCUGACCCCUGGGGCUUUCCACGCCAUGCAAGCCCACUGCUCACCGAUGCGCGCCCAGAGCCGUGGGUGGUUGAAACUGCGAAGCAGCAACCCACGUGAUCACCCGAUCAUUGAGCCGAACUACCUGAGUGUGGAACAAGACUUGAUCGACAUGCGUACUGGGGUGAAGCUCACGCGUGAGAUUCUCGAGCAGCAAGCACUUGACGCGUACCGUGGUGACCCGAUUUCACCGUCGAAGGACGUGCAAAGCGAUGCUCAGGUCGACGAGUGGAUUCGGCAGAACACGGAAAGCGCAUACCAUCCGUCAUGUACGAACCGCAUGGGUGUAGAUGACGACACGGUCGUUGAUCCGCAGACGCGCGUCCACGGACUUGAGAAUCUGCGCGUUGUGGACGCGUCGAUCAUGCCAAAUAUCGUGAGUGGCAACCUAAAUGCACCGACGAUCAUGAUCGCAGAGAAGGCUGCUGACAUUAUUUUGGGCAAAACUCCUCUCCCGAGAUCGACGGCAGCCGUGUAUGAGCCAAAGAACUGGGAGGGUAGUCAGAGGUAA